AUGUCAGACAACACAUCUUUCAACAAAAAUUCAAGUUCACAAUCAAAACAUCGUGUUUCUCGGCAAGUAUUAUGGUCAUGCAAGUCAUUUGCAAAACAACUCAUUGCACGGAAACCAAUGAAAGAUAUACAAAUCGAAAUUGAAACAAAAAAUGAAAUGCGACGUACAUUAAAUUGGAUACAACUAACUGGAAUAGGUCUCGGUAGUAUUAUUGGUGCAGGAAUCUUUGUAACAAGCGGACAAGCAGCGAAAGAAUAUGCUGGUCCAUCAGUGAUUAUUUCUUUUUUUAUUGCUGGUAUUGUUGCUCUUCUAGCAGCUUUAUCAUUUUCAGAAAUGGCAGUAAUGAUGGCUAGUUCAGGAUCUGCAUACACUUACACUUAUGCAGCCUUAGGAGAAUAUUGUGCUUGGAUUGUUGCGUGCAAUUUAAUUUUAAUCUAUCAAUUGGCAGCGUCUACCAUAGUAGUCAGUUGGAGCACCCGUGUUGUUCAUUUUGUUGGUCUUGUGUCCAAUUUAAAUAUAUCAAACGUAUUUAUUCAAGCACCAUUGGUUGCACAUAAAGAUACGAUAGAUAUUACAGUUACUGGAGAUGUACUAAAUUUACCAGCAAUUGGAAUUACUAUUGCUAUUGCAAUUCUUCUUUUUAUUGGAAUUCGUCAGACAGCAAUCAUUAAUUUAUUGUUUGUCAUUUUCAAAAUUAUUACACUAUUAAUAUUUAUAUUUGCUUGUUGUAAAUAUGUUAAUACUAGUAAUUACUAUCCAUUCAUUCCUUCAAACAAAGGCUCGUUCGAUCUGUUCGGUAUAACCGGUACGCUGAAAGGAGCAACAAUUGUUUUCUUUGCUUAUGUUGGAUUCGAAUCAGUAGCAACUGCAGCUCAAGAAGCUGAUAAACCAUCACGAACACUGCCUAUUUCUCUCAUUGGUUCUCUUGUUAUUUCAAUGCUAAUUUAUUUGGGUGUUAGUACUGUUAUGGUUGGACUUAUUCCAUACAAUUUAAUAGACGAAGAUAAUCCACUUACUGAUGCAAUAAAAGCUACACCUUAUGGUCUUUGGUUAUUGAUUAUUAUGGAUCUAGGUGCUAUUGCAGGUGUCACAACUGUAGCAUUAACUAUUUUACUUUCACAAACUCGUAUAUUUUAUGCCAUGGCUCACGAUGGUCUAUUGCCACCAAUAUUUGCUAGAAUACAUUCUCGUACUAAGACACCAUGGAUUUCGAUACUCAUUAGUGGUACUGUUUGUGCUGUAAUAGCUGGUAUAUGUCCGGUCGAUAUUCUCGGUGAAACUACUUCAAUGAGUGCCUUAAUUAUAUACUUUUUCGUGCAUGUUGAUGUUAUUGUAAUGCGUUAUACACAUUCUGAUAUGCCAAGAACAUUUCAAGUGCCAUUGGGCAAGUGGCUAAUACCAACAGUGGGAGCUCUCUUGUGUCUCCUACUUUUACUGUAUACACCAAGGGCUACCGGCAUCCGAGGUGCUAUCUAUUUGGGAAUUGCGCAUAUUAUUUAUUUUUCAUAUGGCUUUUGGCAUUCUAAGAGACGACUACGAAUAAGACAAGAAUCAAUAACUGAUCGUACUGUAGAUCUUCCAACAGUAGAAAAUAUAUACAUGGAUGCUAUAUACACUGAUCCUGAAACAAACUCAAUCGAAGAAACCACAGCAUAA